AUGCAAGACCGCAAGCACAUCGUGAUCGACACCAUCGACGACCUCCGAGAGUUCAAUAAGAACGAUGACGUCGCCGAUUCAAAACUCCGCGACUCAAUCCGGAUCCAAGCGCGCUUGCUGUGGGUUACCAACGAAUAUAUUCAUGGCCUACGCUUCCUCCGCGUCUAUCUGGGCGAACAAAAAGCAGAUGAACCGCUGCUCGAGCAACAAACGGCUUAUCAAAAAGCGCAACAGGACGACCCCUACGAAGCGAACCAAUACCUGAUCACACUUUCGCUUUACGACAUCGCAGCUAACAGCCCAGAUCUCCCAUCGCCGGGCUCUAUUAUCGUUCGAACUGCGAUCCCCGGACCCCCGUCCGUGUCAUCCAAACAUUACUCGGACUUUUAA